AUGAUUAUUUUACGAAUAGCAUCUCAAAUGGAAAAUGAUAUACAUAGAAGUUCAAUGUCAAAACUCUCGCCAGAUAUAUCAUCAUCGCCAUUUCAUUCAUUUCGGAAUAAGCUAUCCAAUGAAAAUCUUCAAUUUCAAUAUGCGCCCGAACCUUCAUCAUCUGAGACUCUGCCACAAACAAGAGUCCAUCAUGAAAAACCUGAAUCAUUAUGGAGAACGAAAUUGACAAUGAAAACAUUACUUUCGAUGGCAAAUAGAGAUGAAGCUCAAGCAUUAAAAGAUAAAAAACCUGUCGAUUAUCAUAUGUUUCUUAGUAAUAAAUUCAAUAAAAAUUCUCUACUUCAAUACGAUGAUCAUAUUGAUAAGAAAUUUAUUGCUCAUACUAAACCAACCAUUGCACAACAAUACAAUGAACAAGAAAAUCGAAAAUUAUAUAAACGUCUAUUGAAUACAAUGGGAUUACGUAAACCAGUAACCAUAAAACAAUCUGAACAGAUACCAAUAAAAACCAAACGUAGAACUAAGACAAAACCAGCAGUUAAUGUUCCAAAAAAGAUUGUUCUCUCAUCCGAUGAUUCUACUCAAUGUUUAACUCGUGAUGAAUUUGAAAAGCCUAUACUUAUUAAUUAUCAAGCAGUACCAAUCUCCGUGUUAAAUAAAUGUAUAAAUUUCGAUAUUCUUGCCGCAUCGACUGAAAUAAAUAAGUAUAAUAGACCAUUUUACACAAAAACUUGGCUCUGUCGACGUUUAACAUCAACGAUGAGUAAUCAUACAAGUGCGAAUGUUAGUCGAAGCAAAGAAAUCGACGAAAAAAUAAGUUCACUGGCCGAAAGUUUUCAUUCAACAACUGAUUCAAUGAAUAGACUUCAACAAACAUGUGCGAAUUUAUUAUUGGAUAGUACAAAACAUUAUCAGUUGGAUGCAUUGAAUCGUCUCGAUACUAUUGAAAAACAAGUUGAAGAUUUCAAAAAGAAUUAG